AUGUGUAGAAAUAAAAGCACACCACAAGAAGUUUCAAGCACAGCCAGAAAUAGAGAUAGAAGGCAUAACCCGAUUAACCCGAUUAAAGAUCCACGGUUCUUUAAUAAAGAAGUCAAUCCGAUCUAUUUAGCAGACAAUUAUUCCUUCUUAUACGACAAAGAGAAGGAAAUACUUAAAGAAAGACAAAAUAAAGGAGACAAUGUACAAAAAGAAAUGGAGAGGAUAGAAGCAAGAAAUAAGCUACUAUAUGUAAAAAGAAAUGAACAGCAAGAAAAACAAAAAGAACUUGAGCGGGUGAAGGAGGGCAAGAAGCCAUUUUAUAUCUCAAGGAAGCAAGCAAAAGUAGCCCAGGCCAUGUAUACAGCACAGAACAAGGGAGCAGAAUAUCUCAUUAACAGACUAAAGAAGAAACAGAAGGAGAGGGACAAUAAGUCAAGAAGUAUAUAUGAAUAAAAUAUAAUACACAUAGUAUGAUAAGUAAAUGAUACAUGACAGAAUAUAAUACACAUAGUAUGAUAAGUAAUAAGUAAUGAUAAGUUAUAUAUUAAUACAUAAUACACAAUAAGUAAUAAGUAAUGAUACAUGACAGAAUAUAAUAUAUAAUAAGUAAUAAGUAAUGAUACAUGACAGAAUAUAAUAGAUAAUAAGUAAUAAGUUAUAGGGUAA